AAUAUAAUGAUUUUUAUGUAUCUCGACGACUGGCUGAUAGUGGCAAAAUCAGAAGGCCAGACUGCUCAGAAUUUGGGAAACGUAUACGUUGACGACGAGGCUAGGCUUCAUCAUCAACGAGAAGAAGUCCCACCUAAUCCCGUCCCAGGAAAUCACUUUCCUGGGAGCAGAGAUCGAUCUACGCAGGGGCAUAGCCGUCCCCACAGGGGAACGUGUUACCAGCCUGCGGAAGUGCCUCAAACUUUUCCUAUCCGUUCAAGUCGCUCCAGCGCAAGCUUGGCUGAAACUUCUAGAGUUCAUGGCCAGCUUAGUGGACCUGGUUCCAUGGUGCAGACUGAGGAUGCGUCCUUUGCAAAUGCAUCUUCUGGCACAUUACAGACCAAAGACAGAUCCAAUCUCUCUAUUGGUCUCGAUCGACAAAGUCAUUCGGCCACACCUUCGGUGGUGGUUAUUGGAACAGAACAUUCGGUGCGGACGGAGCUUCCCCAGAGGGGAUCCUCACGUCAUAAUCUCCACCGACGCCUCCAACGAGGGCUGGGGAGCCUCCCUUCCCCCUCGACAAGCUGCAGGCACUUGGGACGACAACACUCGGUCCCUACAUAUCAAUGUUCUAGAACUCCAGGCUGUAGUCAAUGCCCUACACCACUUUCAAGCAGACGUAGUGGGCCGGUCUGUUCUAAUCAAGACCGACAACACGACAGUGGUAGCAUAUAUCAACAAAAACAGGGCGGUACAAGAUCACCCCAGCUGUGCUACCGGACUUGGGAAAUGUUUCAGUGGCUACUCAGACACAAAGUCGAUCUACUCGCCAUUCACAUUCCUGGUGCGGAAAACGACAUAGCGGACUCUCUCUCCAGGGGCAAAGUAGUUCCCACGGAGUGGUCAUUGAACAGGAGGAUCGUAAGUCAGAUCUUCUCGAUCCUAGGUCGUCCACACAUAGACCUGUUCGCCUCAGCAAUCAACACUCAGCUCCCGGUGUUCUGCUCGAGAGCCCAUCAGCCUCAUGCAUGGGCCUCGGACGCACUAUCAAUAGACUGGACAAACAUGUUCGCUUACGCCUUCCCUCCGAUCUCAAUCCUUACAAAGGUCAUCGGGAAACUGGAGAGAGACAGAUGCAAGAUCCUGCUGAUCGCCCCCUUUUGGCCGCGUCAGCCCUGGUUUCCCCGACUGGUGAGGCUCCUAGUGGGCUCCCCUCUAAUCCUCCCAGAUCGUCACGACCUACUCGUUCAACCUCAGUCCCGGUUCCGACACCCAUCUCCGGGAGAUCUCCACUUAGCGUGCUGGCCACUGUCAAGCGUGCUUACCGAGCAGCAGGUCUUUCUGAAGACGCUGCAGCCCUGGCCGCAAAGGGACGUCGUCUCUCAACACGACGAAUCUAUGACAGUCGACUACGACAUUAUAGUAGGUGGUGCGCAGAACAGACUGUGGAUCCGCUCUGUGCUUCUUUAAACUAUUGUUCAGAAUUUCUACUGUUAUUGUUCAGAGCCAAUUUGUCCCAUCCUGGGAUCUGGGUCAGGUCCUGAACAUUUUGGCCAAGGCUCCAUACGAGCCCUUGGGCCAAGCACCCCUUAUUCAUGUAUCUAUAAAGUUGGCCUUCCUGCACGCCGCGGCUACUGCUAGGCGAAGCAGCGAGAUCCAUGCGCUGACUUUAGAUUUGGGACAUAUCCGCUGGGAACCAGGUGGGGUCCGCCUGAUCCCAAAGUUUUAGCCCUCCUGAUAUUUUCCUCCCCAAAAUAGAGUCGACCUCCUCUGUCCCCUCAGACAAAUUAUGGUGCCCGGUGCGCGCCCUAAAAUGGUAUCUGGCACGCACUAAGGUAAAUGCAUGCAGCUCUUUAUUACAACCAUAAAGCCACAUGGCCCCGCCUCAAGGGACACCAUUGCGCGUUGGGUAGUAGCUGCUAUCAAAUUCGCAAAUGCGGACUGGCCAUCCAAAAAGGAUGCUUCUGUCCAAGGCCUUGUCCGAGCCCAUGACGUACGUACCGUAGCGGCGUCCUGGGCAUUUUUUAGGGGGGUCCCUAUUUCAGAGAUUUCUCAAGCAGCAUGCUGGAAGUCUGCAACGACAUUCACAUCCUGCUACCUACGUGACGUACUCCAGACUGGAGGGAACACGGGGAAGACGGUACUGACGCAACACCAGUCUUCGUCUAUGAACCCUACCCUGCGUAGUAGUCCUUCCCGGCCUGACCAGGAGACUAACUAAGCAGGUAAUACAUUUCCAUGUAUAUUCAAUCUAAAUGGUCUAAAUCAUUAUGUAUAUAUAUAUAUAUACUGUUGUUUAACCAUUUGAUUUCAGGGCGUCUCGCCUACCCAGCCACCGGUUGUCGGUGCCACUCUAUGCAUAUGUAGUAGCUAUUUGGGUAAGUGAAUGAAGUAGACUCCC